AUGGAUUUCGAGCACUCAGACUAAUUCACCUAGAGAGUAGAACUGAUAAUUAGAAAUUUCUUACAUAUCCCAGAUGAAGGCGAACAUAAUUGGAAAGAGAUUAAUUAAAAAUUGGAUUACUUGCAAAGUCAGUUGGUUGAUGUAAAAUUGAGCAUUCUUUAAUAUUUAAAACAGAGUUUCGAAGCUAUUCGAGAAUAAUUGCAAUGCGAUUUAGAAGCCAUUUAGAUUGAGUUUCAAUCUAAAAAUUUAUAAUAAAUCCCUCUUGUGAAGACUGGCGAGAUGAUGGUGAAUGAAAGAAUAGACUAAAUAGGUCUGAAUGUUUAGGAGAUCGAAAAAAGUUUAGUGAAUAAAAUCGAUUAACUCAGUAACAAAGUAGGGACCAUUAAAAUGAAUAGGGACGAAUUGCAAGAGCAGAUUAAAUCGUUUGAUGGUAUUGAUAUAAAAUUGAAAGAAGCUCGGAUGGAAUCUCAAUGGCAGGGCUUGGCUAAUGUUUCCGAUUAAUUUUGGCUAUUCAAGAAGCAAUUUGAACCGCUUUUGAGUGGAACACAGCAACAGAAAAAAAAACACUCUCUUUUUACAUGA